AUGCGACGGGCACUGGUAGUUUUGGGGAUCAGCAGCCCUGUAGUGCCCACACCCAUGGUGGCGCUACCUCACUCUUCCUUCACCGCCGCCCAGGCUGUCUGCGAAACUUUGGAAGAGAGUGGCGACAUGGAGCGCCUUGGACGCUUCUGAUUACUGCCGGUGGCUCACCCUCAUCUUCACGACCUCAACAAGCACGAGGCGGUGCUACGAGCGCGGGCUCUUGUCUCUUUCCGUGGAAACUUCCGCGAGCUCUACGCCAUUUUGGAGUCACAACGAUAUUCCAAACCUUCUCACCGGCGGCUGCAGGCGCUGUGGCUGGAGGCGCACUACCAAGAGGCAGAGCCUCGCGGCCGCCCGCUUGGGCCUGCCGACAAGUACCGCGUCCGUAAGAAGUUCUUCCCGAGGACCAUCUGGGAUGGCGAACAGAAGACCCACUGCUUCAAGGAACGCACAAGAUCUCUACUGAGGGAGUCAUACCUGCAGGACCCUUACCCUAACCCCAGCAAGAAGAGGGAGUUGGCCUCGGCCACGGGUCACCCCACACAGGUCGGCAACUGGUUCAAGAACCGUCGACAGCGUGACAGAGCAGCAGCCGCUAAGAACAG